UUUGACGUCUAUCAAACAAAUUAUUUGAAAUCCACAGUUUGAAACUGUUAUUUAUAAAUAAUAUCUAGUACUGAUUUUUAACGAGAUCAAUCUUUCAUUCGUAUAAAUGGUACAAAAUGUUUUUGAAGAAAGUUUAUACACUUGUAUUUCUGCGCAAUGAAACCCAAAUCUUAUUAGGCUUGAAGAAACGUGGUUUUGGUGUAAAUAAAUGGAACGGUUUUGGCGGCAAAGUGGAGCAAAAUGAAACAAUUAUUGAUGCCGCAAUACGAGAAUUAAAGGAAGAAUGCUGUGUAGUUGUUAAUAAGUGCGAUUUAAAAAAUAUAGGUCAUUUGGAAUUCACCUUUGAAGGAGAUUCACUGUUAAUGGAUGUACGAGUAUUUUCAGCUUCUAAUUAUCAAGGUGUCCCGGUUGAAACAGAAGAAAUGGCUCCAAAGUGGUACGGGUACGAUGAAGUCCCUUUCGACAACAUGUGGCCUGACGACCGAAUUUGGUUUCCUUACAUGGUAAAAAAUAAAUUAUUCUUUGGUAAAUUCCAUUACAAAGGUUUUGAUACUAUAUUGAAUUAUGAACUACAAGAACUGAAAUCUAUGGAAACGUUUUACAAAAAUAAGAAGUAAUGGUUUAAUUGUUUUCUAAAUGAAAACAGAUCAUUGUUUUAUUUUCUAUGUUUAAAAAAAUUGCCCUAAAAAGGUUGUUUUAAGGCAAUUUGUUUGUUACCUAUUUAAUUUACAUCCACUGUGAUUUUAGUUUUAUAAGUUACUGAUAAUAUAAGAUAACUUCAACGUUAUUCAUAGUAUUUAAGAAAUAAAAAUUAUAAUUUGAUGUUCCCUUUUUGUUUUAAACAGAUACAGAGAAUUAUUCUCCAAUAGAUUACACCAUAGCUAUUCCAAUAUCUUUGUAAUUAUUAUAGAAAUGUUAAAUAAUUAUGUGUUUAUAUGCUUU